AUGGUGAAGGUGGGGAUGCCCAAACCAUGUUCCUUUGUGAAACCCUGCCACCUGGUGAAGCCUGUAUCAGUCACUCGUAUUUCUGGGCGAUAUUUGACCCAUCAGAGGGGCUUGCCCACUCUGCCCGUGCCCCCCCUGCAGCAGACCUGUGAGCGCUAUCUUUCUGCUCUUGAGCCUAUAGUUAAUGAAGAGGAGCUGCAGCAAACAAAGACACUUGUGGACGAGUUUCAGAAAUCUGGAGGAGAUGGAGAGCGGCUGCAGAGGGCUUUGGAAAAAAGAGCAGAAAACACAGACAACUGGCUGUCUGAAUGGUGGGUGCAGGUCGCCUACCUUGACUACCGGCUGCCAGUAGUGGUCCAUUCUAGUCCUGGCUUGGUGUUGCCUCAGAUGAACUUCAGUGAUAAACAUGGGCAAAUUCUAUUUGCAGCCAAACUCAUAGCAGGAGUCUUGGAUUUCAAGUCCAUGAUUGACAAUGAGACGCUGCCUGUGGAAUACAUGGGAGAGAAGCCUCUGUGUAUGAACCAGUAUUAUCAAGUGCUAUCGUCCUGUCGCAUUCCUGGCCUCAAGAGGGAUUCAAUUGUGAACCACGCCAGGAGAUCCUCACCACCAAAACACAUCACAGUCAUCCACAACUGUCAGUUCUUUGUUCUAGACGUUUACAACAAUGAUGAGAGUCCGCUGACCGUCGAGCAGCUCUUUGGCCACUUGAAGCACAUCUGCACCUCCUCACAGCAUCCCGACCCUGAUCCAGUCGGAAUUCUCACAACUCUAGACAGGGAUUCAUGGGGCAAGACCUACCAGAACCUCAUCAAGGAUAAAACGAACAGCGAUUCUGUGUCAGCGAUUCAGAGGAGCAUUUUCACGUUGUGUUUGGACGGAGCGAUGCCGCGGGUCGCAGAGGACAGGAGUUCUGCUGCAGUCCAAAUGCUGCACGGUGGAGGCAGUCAGUGGAACAGCGCCAACCGGUGGUUUGACAAGACUCUGCAGUUUAUUAUUGGAGAAGAUGGAACAUGUGGCGCAAACUAUGAGCAUGCUCCUGCAGAGGGUCCUCCCAUCGUGGCCUUGAUUGACCACGUUGUUGAAUAUACAAGGAGAUCAGAGAUUGGACAAGCUCCCGUCCUCACAUCGUCUGCAGUGCCACAGAAAUUACAUUUUAACGUCAGUCCUGAAAUGAAAAAGGACAUUGAUGAAGCCAAGCACGCAAUGAACAAAUUAGCUCAAGACUUGGAAAUGAAAGUUGUUGUGUUCGAACAUUUUGGAAAAAAUAUUCCAAAGACCUACAGAAUGAGCCCUGAUGCCUUCAUACAGGUUGCCCUACAGCUGGCCUUCUACAGGAUGUACCAGCACAGCUGUGCCACAUACGAAAGUGCCUCUUUGCGCAUGUUCAGACUGGGUCGUACAGAUACUAUACGAUCUGCUUCAAGUGCCUCUUUUAAAUUUGUCAAAGCUUUUGACAAUGCGUCCACACAGAAUACAGAAAAAGUGGAAUUGCUGGAAAAGGCUGUAAGAGCACACAAGUGGUACACGAACAUGGCCAUCAGUGGACAGGCCAUUGACCGACACCUUCUGGGACUGAAGAUGUUGGCUCUUGAAGAACGCUCCUCUGUGCCGGCGAUCUUCACUGACAAGUCUUACAGCAAAGCUUUGCACUACAGGCUGUCCACCAGUCAGGUGCCUUCAAAGACUGAUUGUGUCAUGUGUUUUGGACCGGUUGUGUCAAAUGGAUAUGGCGUCUGCUACAAUCCUAUGGAAGACCACAUCAACUUUGCGGUGUCAUCAUUUAACACUUGUAACGAGACAAAUGCAGAGACCUUUGCACAGACUGUGAGGGGCGCCUUGUUGGACAUGAGGACUCUUCUGGAGCAAACGCCCAAAGCCAAACUGUGA